AUUUAGUUUAAAAAAAUUCAAAUUUAUUACUACAGCGGUGUGCAAAAAAAGAACAUUUAUUAUUAUUUGAAUUAACUAUUAUGGGAGUAGCUGGAUCUCAUUUUAUAAAGCGUAUCCGAAGGUUUAAUGUAAUCGAACGGACAGAACGAGUAAUAACCAAAGACAAACCUACACCAGCGCCACUGCAUAAAGCAGAUGCUGAUCGGUUGAAAUACCUUCUAGAAAAUGAUCCACAAUUAAAAGAAGAGCUAAAGAAUAAAAAUUCAAUUCUUGGAAAAAAUUUACAAAGUGUUUAUGUUACAUCUAAAGGCGAUUUACCCGAUGUAUACCCACAAUCAAAAGUCAAGUUACCACAAAAUCGAACACAAGACUUAAAUUCACCAUUCACAUUUGAAGAACCAGAACAUGUUCCACCAGGACGGUAUACACUUACACAAAUUACUGAAUGUAUAGCUGAUCAUUAUAAAGAUAAAAAAAUGUACUCAUCACAAGUUCUAGCUGAUCGAGUUAAAAUUGAUAAGAAAUUAAUGGAUAAUAUACUAAAAUACUAUAGGGUAUUCGAUAUGUAUAUACCUGAAAAAAUGUUAGAAAAGAAGACUUCAAGUAAAUUUUUUAUUAGUAAUGCGAUUGACAAGAUUAGAUAUAACUUAGAAAUGGAUAAAUAUAAGGAAGAACGAAAACAGAUUGGAAAAGAUUAAAACACCCUUGAAAAUAUUGUUAGUUAAAUGCUUAUUAUCACAUAAAAUAAUUUCUCUAUUGUAAAAAUUAUUAAGUUUGAUGAUAAAAGUACUUCAUUGUUAUAUGCUUAUUCUUAUGUUAUAUUUUUAAUAAAAUUAAUAGUGCUAAAUAUUA